ACGAAAGUCACGCCAGCCACUUGUCGUGAGACAAAGCACGAGAUAUAUACGCGGGCUGAUUGAUUAGUUAUUUAUAUUGUUUCUUUAUCUUAAUUAGUCAUCCGAUUUUAAGUGACACUUGAUCCAUCGUUAACCGAAUUAAAAAUGCCGUUUCCGGAAACCGUCAAUGGUCACGACAGCUUUACAGCUGUCAAACAUUUGACUAAUAACGAUGUGCUGCAAACACACGGGAAGCAUGCGCGACAUACAUACACCUUUGAAAUAUUGCAAGAGUCAGCACAAUAUUUAUUGGAUCGCAUCAAAAUUAGGCCGAAAAUCGGGAUUAUAUGCGGCUCGGGAAUGGGAUCAUAUGAGCAAAACGAGUUGUGUCCAGGUUCGAUCGCGGAAUCCCUCGUGGAAAAGCAAUGCUUUCCCUAUGAAGAAAUCCCACAUUUUCCGGUGUCUACGGUAAAAGGCCACACUGGCCAGAUGGUCUUUGGUUAUCUCCAAGGUGUACCAGUCAUGUGCAUGCAGGGCAGAUUUCAUUAUUACGAAGGUUAUCCACUCUGGAAGUGUGCCAUGCCAGUGAGAGUGAUGAAGCUGGUAGGUGUGACGCAUCUAAUUGCUACGAAUGCGGCCGGCGGUUUAAAUCCCACCUACAAAGUAGGUGAUAUUAUGAUAGUGAAGGAUCAUGUGAAUAUGAUGGGUUUUGCUGGCAACAAUCCGCUUCAAGGACCAAAUGAUGACAGAUUUGGCCCUCGAUUUCCGCCCAUGAAUAAAGCUUACAACGCUAUGCUGAUGGAGAUUGGUAAAGAGGUAGCUGAAGAAAUGGGUAUUGGCGAUAUCGUACAUAAGGGAGUUUACACAUGUUUAGGUGGACCCAAUUUCGAAACAGUAGCAGAAUUGAAAAUGUUGCGAAUGGUCGGCGUUGAUGCAGUUGGUAUGUCCACGGUUCAUGAAGUGAUCACCGCUCGACAUUGCGAUUUAACAGUAUUCGCAUUCAGUCUGAUCACUAAUCAGUGCGUUACUGAUUACGAAGAUCACGGCGAGGCGAAUCAUGAGGAAGUAAUGGACGUUGGUAAAGCGCGACAGCCGAUUCUUCAAGAAUUUGUGUCCAGAAUCGUAAUACGUCUAAGGGAUAGCCUCCAAUUGACAAAUUAAUUUAUUUGAGUUUUACGAUAAUCAAGAUAUUCGCUUGGUUACGGGAGAUUUCGUUGAGCUAUGCGUUUUAAUUUUAAUAUUUAAACAAAGCUUCGAAAAGCUUCGCUUAUUAAGGCUUUGCUUAUUAAGGAAAAAUUGAUAGCACAAAAGAAUGCUUUAGUAUCGUUGUUCUAAUGCACAAAAUUAAUUUUUCGUUAAUCCUUCUUAACAAAACUGUCACAGUAAUCAUAAGUAUAGACUUAAUGUAGAAUAGAUUGAUUGACAGGCCGGUCCUCGAAAUCUCGUUAGUUCCCAUCGCAGUUUCUUAUUCCUAUUUAGUUGGCGUCUGGGUUCUACUUAUCUAAAUUCGAGUUCGAUUCAGAUCUCAAUUGAUUCGUUAUCGCGUCUUGAGGGGUCUCGUUGGAGAAGGAAAUGAAGAAAGGAAGGGAAAAGACUGAGGUGAAGAGAAGGAGGACUUAAAGACGGAGGGUUAGUCAGCGUUUCCUCUCGAUUUUCCACCCUCGUUUCGUUACCCUCAUCUCGUUUCCGUGCUCUUCUAUCGCUAAUGCAUCGUCGUUCGAUUCCGAUAAAUCUUAAGGCUUGAAGACCAUACGGCACACGAAUACCGAAUUAAAUUAUGAUUUGUUAAGCGGAAAAAUUACGCGGAACAGUUGUCAGAAGCACUUUUUCCUACGGUACGUCUUGAAUCUUCAAAAGUUUUACAUAACAGUUGUUUUAGAAAAAAAA